AUGGGUUCCGACAAGAACGUCAUGUCUUCAAUUUGGAGAGAGAGACGAAUUAUAUCCAUCUCAUUCUUUAUUGCGAUGGCUCAGUUUCAAUAUGGAUAUGAUUCUGCUGCUGUCUCUGGGUUUCAGACUAUGCCUGGCUUUCUGGCAGUGUUUGGUUAUGUUGAUCCAGAAAAUAUCUUAGGCUACAACAUCAAAACCACUGUUCAAACCCUCCUGCAAAGUUUGAUGCAACUUGGGGGUCUUGUGGCUUCGCUUGUUAUCUUCAAAUAUGGAUCCUGGAUUAGCAACCGAUGGGGGCUAUGGACUGGAUGUGCCCUCUCCUGUCUUGCCAUUAUCCUCCAGAUCAGCAACUCCCAUUUACCGGCCCUCUAUGUAGGGAGGGUGUUUCUCGGUAUCUCUAAUGGGUUCUUUCUGACCUAUUCGGUAACAUAUCUCGGAGAAAUCGCGCCCACCCAUCUUCGAGGCUCUACCGUGGGUCUGGUAACCUUUCAAACCUCUUUUGGCGCUUUGAUUGGCAUUAUUGUGGACAAAUACACGACAGAAUAUCAUUCCCGCCUGUCAUACCGCAUUCCACUAGGCAUCAUGUUUUUCGUCCCUGUGAUGCUUUCGAUUGGCCUUGUAUUUUUGCCGGAAAGUCCGCGCUAUUAUGUACGACGUGGUCUGGAUGCUGAGGCAGCUCAAGCGAUCCGCUGUCUUCGAGGAGCCCAUGAUGAAUCUCAAUUGGAAGCGGAGGUAUCAAGCAUGCGCCAAAUGUGGAUUGCGGAGAGCAUGGAAACCAACCAUGCACGCCUAAUCGAUGCCUUCCGUGGAGCCGAUCUCAAGAGAACUUUCCUCAGCCUCUGCUGCAGUGUCGGUCAGACCGCCAGUGGAAUUAUUUUCUUGUCCAACUUCUCCGUCUACUUUUACGCGCAAGCUGGCGUACAGAACGAGUUCCAAUGGGUCAUGAUGAGUCUGGCUAUUGCAAUCACCGGAAAUAUGGGAGCUUUUGUGGUCAUGCAAUAUUUUGAGCGACGUACCCUACUCGGUACUUUCUCUGUGAUAAAUGGUGUUAUAAUGAUGGUCAUUGCAGCUGUGUAUACAAAUCUGGACGCUGGAUCAUAUACUGCAGCAAGGAUACUAAUUGCAAUGGGAACUCUCUCUACCUGGUCCUAUGGACUUGGACAAGGACCCGUGCUUUGGGCUCUUCAGGUAGAGAUCCCCUCCCAACGGCUGCGUUCUAAGACUGUGGGCCUUGGAACAGGUUGCAAUUAUGUCUUUGCGUGGGUUGCUGCCUAUUGCUCGCCGUAUUUCAUCAACCCGACUGCUUUGAACUGGGGGCCCAAAUACUGCUAUCUAUGGGGUGGCAGUAAUUUCUUGCUGGCUAUUUGGGCAUUUCUCAUGAUUCCAGAUAUCAAAGGGAAGACUUUGGAACAAAUCACUAGUUCAAUGGCCCAGAAAGACAAAGACAUGUCUUGCGACUUGGGGGAAACUGGCACCAAAUGA